AUGCCGACUUCAGAACAAUAUGAUGGCACAAAGAUCUGGACGACGCUCCUUACGAAUCGAGCAUACUUUGGUGGGUUGCUCGUGCUUAAUCAUACCCUGCGCAAAACACGAUCUAGGUAUCAGCUCAAGGUAAUGAUUACCCCUGCCGUCAAAGAAGACACGGAAUAUAUGCAGGCAUUUGAGGCAGCCGGAAUUCCCACGAUUGUUGUUGAAAACAUCGAACCGGCGCCAAGGGAUGGCAUAAUCAACAAGGGUACCUGGGAGAAACUUGCUCCGUGGCGAUUCACGGAUUAUGAGAGAGUUAUCCUCCUUGAUAGCGACCAGGUCAUCCUGAAAAAUAUCGACGAUAUGAUGGAUAUGGACCUCCCCGAAGGCUUCAUUGCAGCUAGUCAUGCUUGUACAUGCAACCCUCGCAAGUUGGCACAUUACAGUAAAGACUGGAUACCAGAGAACUGCGGUUUCACCGCCGCGGACAAAGCGACUGGCAGGCCCAAUCCAAUUACCGAGAGAAGCCCGCAGAAUCACCACUUGUUGAAUAGCGGAACGGUAAUUCUGCGCCCGUCCCUCAAGGAGUAUGAUGCGCUCAUAAAUGCUAUGAACACACAUCCGGAUGUUCCAAAUAUGCUUUUCUUUGACCAGGACCUCCUAGCCAUUGUAUACCGAAACAAGUGGAUGCCCCUACCGUACACCUACAAUGCACUGAAGACUUUGAGGCUAUGUCACAGCGACCUGUGGAGAGAUGAAGACGUCAAGAUUCUGCAUUACAUCCUCAACAAGCCUUGGCAGAGCAGGACUUACGCCGAUGACCUGGUCGACUCAACACAUAAGGUGUGGUGGGAUGCAUUCGCUGAGGUCGAGAAAGAGUGGAGAGAGAGCUUGGAUGCAAAUAAACGAAGAUUAUGGCAGAAUGUCGUUGCACCUGUCGUUGCGCAGGAGUAA